UAAAUGGACAAUAAAUCACGAAUAAGACUAAAUAAUGGAGUUCAUAUGCCAUUCGUUGGAUUAGGGACGAGUCAUAGCGGCGGCUACUCUCAUGACGCGGUGGUCUAUGCCCUCAAAGAUGUUGGCUAUCGGCUCAUCGAUACGGCUAAGCGAUACGGAACCGAAAAACUCAUCGCCGAAGCCAUUCAUGAAAGUUGUGUCAAUAGAGACGAAUUGUUUUUGACGACCAAACUCUGGCCAACAGAUUAUGGUUUCGAGACAACAAAGACUGCAUUUCGCGGAUCUCUGAACCGAUUGGGCGUCGAUUAUAUCGAUUUGUUUUUGAUUCAUUGGCCCGAAGUGUCGUCAAAAUGUACGGACAAAUGGCAAACACUGGCCGAAACGUGGCGGGCAAUGGAGGUGCUGUACGACGAGGGGCUCUGCAAAGCCAUUGGUGUCAGUAAUUAUGGAAUCGACGAGUUUGAGAGACUUUUAGGCGAUACCAGUGUUACGCCUCAUAUCAACCAAAUAGAGUUCCAUCCCUUUCAUAAUCCCAUUGAUUUGCGUGAGUAUUGCUCAGAUAACAAAAUUCAAAUCCAAGGCUAUUCGCCAUUAGGCGAGGGAUAUCUGGUUAAUGAGCCGGUGAUCACAGAGAUGGCCAAAAAGCAUAGCAGAAGUCCGGCACAAGUGCUGAUCCGGUGGUCGAUCCAGAACUCUGUGCCCACUAUUCCUAAGUCUACUAAAGAGAGUCGAGUGAAAGAGAAUUUC